AUUACAUUUUGAAAGCGCAAACAUAGAGUCCUUAAAAGAUGAAUGAAGACUGGGGGGGAAUAUAUUGACAAAACUCUCCAACCCCAUCUUUGGUCCGAAAAAAGAAAAAUGUCAGAGAGCUGUAACUCACGCCACUUCUCAUGGCUUAUGAAAUCUUGCUUCCCCAAUCCAAACGAUAACAAAUCCAUUACUCCCCUUCACAAAUCGAACCAUUUCAUUCAUCCCACUGCCGCUACAACUAUCUCUUCCCUCCCCAACGAUCUUCUUUUGGAAUGUCUCUCAAGAGUUCCCUCUUCUUCUUUGCCUUUAAUUUCCCUCGUUUGCCGCCGCUGGUAUCUCCUUCUCCUCUCCCCUUCUUUCUUCAACCUCCGUCGCAACCUCCACCGCCUCCACUCCACUCUUUUCGCCAUUUUUCUCUCCGCUUCGACUCCCACUUCCACCCUCUCCGCUGCCACCCUGUCUUUACCCUACCAGCAACACUUGGGUGCUUUUUGGCAACGCGAUUCUGAUCUUGAUACUGAUUCCAUUUUCUUGGGAAACUCGAGUUUGCUUCAUGGGUUCUUCUCCCAAGCGCGACUUGCCGCCAUUGGACCCAAGAUUUAUAUCAUUGGCAAGAACGUUACGCUUCUUUACGAUUCUUGGACUAAAACUAUAACUCCAAGAUCGCCCAUGUUGUUUCCGAGGAAAAAAUUCGGUUGUGCGGUUGUUUUUGGGAAAAUCUAUGUCGCCGGCGGCUCUUCACGAGCUGAUCCCACCGUCGAAGAGUACGAUCCUAGCACUGAUACUUGGCGCGUGGCGGCUCACGCGCCCAGGCGGAGAUACGGGUGCUUGGGGGCUUCUGUGGACGGAGUUUUCUAUAUCAUUGGUGGGUUGAAGAUCGGUUGUAACGCUACGGCUGGAACGGAGGCGCACGUGUAUGCCAGCUCGAUGGAUUUGUAUGACGUGAAGUCAUGUGCGUGGUUGAGAAGCCGUACGGUGCCAGGCGGUGGUUGUGUGGUGGCGGCUUGUGCGGCCAUGGGCCACGUUUAUGUUCUCACCAGUCAUGCAGUGGAGCUCUCUUUGUGGAGAUUCGACGCCCGUAGGAACACCGCCGGGUUUGGCGAGUGGGUUAGGAUAAAGAGACCGCCGUUUCCCCCGCAAGUAAGGCUUGACAACACAGUGAAGUUCAGCUGCGUCGGCGCCGGAGACAAAGUGGUUUUGGUUCAAGUGAUUGGUUGCAUCGAUGACUUAUUACACGGAAGUGCGAGGAACACGAGGGGAUUGAGAGAAGGGCUUGUUUUGAUAUACGACACCGUCGGCGAAUGUUGGAAUAGGGGACCGGAUCUGCCGGACGUGAUACGACGCGCCGCUGUGGUGAAUGUGGAAUGGUGAAGGAGGGGAAUUUGCAAGGGACCUAGAGAAGGAGUUUAUGUUGACAUGCGAUAAGGCGGGAAAGGUUGGGGGGUGGCCAGAUUAGGGGAUGUAAAGGACGCGCCGCCGUGGCGAGUGUGGUAUGGUGAGGAAGGGAAAGUUGUGGGGGUGGUGUAGUCUGGAUAGGAGACAAAAAUGAUUGUAGUAACAUGUUUGUACUGUUGGUGCAAGGAUAAAAAGUGGGUUUUUUAGGCGUUGGGUUUGUAUUGAAAUUAUUGACUGUCUCGGCGUGGUGACAUUUUAUUCGAGUUUUGUCAAAACGAUGCCUCCCGCAUAUCAAUUUUUCUGUAUAAUUUUUUUAGAUAAAUUUAUAGAGCUUUAUUUAUUUUUUUUUAA